UGCUUCAGGAAAAAAGAAACUGUCUCCUGAUGCAGCUGGAAGAAGCCACCCGCCUCACAUCCUAUCUCCAGUCCCAGGUACAAAGAUGGCCAGGGUAACCGUGAGGGUGAAUAACUGCAUUCCGGCAAAGCUGCCUAAGAAAACUCAGAAGACUCAUACCACAAAGAAGCUUAAGAAAAUCCGAGGCUCAAAGCUCUGUAGCCAGUGUUCCAAGGUGAAGGAAGGGCUGAAUGAGAGCGAACGAGAGGACGUCCCAGAGACCAUGGAGACCCCUGCCAUUCCAGCUUAUCAGAAGGAACCAGAGGACGUCCCAGAGACCAUGGAGACCCCUGCCAUUCCAGCUAAUCAGGACGAACCAGAGGACAUCCCAGAGACCGUGGAGACCCCUGCCAUUCCAGCUAAUCAGGACGAACCAGAGGACAUCCCAGAGACCAUGGAGACCCCUGCCAUUCCAGCUGGACCAGUGGACAGCCAGUGAC